AUGACGAAGACCAGCCGCAGCACAGUCUACACGUACCGGCCCCGAAAACUGCUCUCCAAAGGCGCGGUCGUGACGCGUAGUGGGCGCGCUUCGACGCGUUUUCGCAUUGGCGUUCUCACGCAGCACAAACCCCAGCCUACCAUUGCGCCAGCAACGCCGAAAAUGGAGCGCCCUGAUACAUUACGGCGCUUAUGCACCACGGUCAUCACCUUCUUCACCCGACACGAGGUUCCUAUGGUCGACCGCGAAGAGGACGAUGAAAAGCUCACAUGGAUUCUGACAAGAGCGAGGAAAGGGGGCUCCAGCAAGCCAGAAUGCGUGUACGUGCGGCAGCAGAGAAGCCCGGGUCAGCACUUGGACGUGCUCGAUGCAGGCAAGGGCAAGCUCAAGAGCCUAGACACAGAGAGAAUUUGCUCAGCCCUAGGACGAGCCGCGACCAGUAUUGCCGGAUCAUAUACUGCAGCCAGUAACAGUACCAGAACCACCUUCCAGAGCAAUGAGCGACAUCGAAUUGCUAUCACAUAAGGUCCUGGCACCGCGUUCACGACACGUCAAUAUUGAAGAUCGCUAUUUGCAAGCACGAGCGCUUCGCCUUU